AAACAUUCAAUGUGAACCAGUCGAUUUUGACCAAAACUGUUCUAGCUUUGGGUCGUUCUCAAUAUUGGACCAUUUCGAUUUCGAGACUGAACCGCCUCUGGUGCUGCCAUCGAUCGACCAUCUAAACCACUGACUUAAACUUGAGAGUUAAGAUCUGUAAUUAGCGCCCUCUGAGCGAAGUGAUUCUAAUCUUCUCUUAAUUGAUAAGGUAAGAGAGAUUAAUUUUCUUUAAUUGUUUGGCUUCGACUCAACAAUCACCUCAAAGAUCAUCAAUUGGAAUUUACUGAAAUUGAAAUUCUAUCGAUCAGAGUUUCUUAGUAUUUUUUUGUCGCUGGACAAAUAGAAUAGAAAAGUGAACGUAUAAACAGAAAGAGGAAAAGAAAGAGGAGAAGAUGAUGAAGAUGAAGAUGAUAAGUUGUAUUACAAGUCCGCCCAUGGACAAGCCUUAAUAGCGUAAUGUGAGUGUCCCUUGGAAAGUUUGGUUCUGCCAAGUGAAAGUUUCGUUCUAAGGACUCAUCUCGUUUUCUUCGGAUUCCCAUUGAAUCUUCCUUAUAAAACCAAUUGAAUUUCGAGUAACCAGUUUCAUUUAGACUUUGUCUUUAAUUGUGAUAACAUUAAAAUUUCUGUGAAAUUGUGAUACACCAACAACAAUUAACCCAAACUUAAUUCGUUAAUUGUGCCAAUUCUUCAAUUCGACCAAACAACAAUUUAAAUCCAAGUCAAGUUCCAAUUUUACAAAAUGAAAGUUUUACAUUCGAUUAUCCUCUUAUUAUCCCUAAUCGGGUUAUCAUUAACCCAGGAAUAUGUGACCUCUGACCCUUCAUCGUAUCAAUUCAAUUAUACUACAAGUGAUUCUGAUGCAAACAAGGUGUCCAAGGAAGAGCAAGGGUCAGCCAAUGGUCAAGUUAACGGUAAAUAUGGUUACGCUGAUAAAUUAAAUGAGUGUUACUUUCAACCGGAUGGACGUUACUAUCAACCAGGAUCAUCUUGGCAUCCAUAUUUACCACCAUUCGGUAUCAAUAAGUGUAGUCUUUGUACCUGUCAGAAUAUAACUUUAAAGGUAACAUGUCGGCGACAUUUCACUUGUCCACCUUUGGCCUGUGACCCUGAACAAUCAGUUCGUGAGCAUCCAACUGAUUGUUGUAAAAAGUGCCCAGAUUCAAUUCAAGUGAAAUCUUUGGACGGCGCUUUUGCUUCAGAUGAUGGGACAAAUUUAGCCGAUUCUAAUCUGGACACUCAGACAACCGGAGUCUGUGUCCUCCUUGGGCGUCUCUAUCCCAAUGGUCAUCGAUGGCAUCCACACGUUACCCCUUUUGGUGAGAUUAGAUGUGUAAAGUGUGUUUGUAAGAAUGGGUCAAUUAAAUGUAACCGAUUGAAAUGUCCAAGGGGCAAAUGUACAAACUCACCAAUGAUGAAAAAGUGUUGUCCUAAUUGUGGAGAUGAUCAAAAAUCAAUCAACGAUUAAGUUGAUUAACUUUUUUUUUCUAUAUAUAAAUUAUAUUGAAUUUUGUAAAUUAAUCAUUUAUCUCUUUUUCUUUACCCAAUCAAUAAUUAGUUAAUUGUUGAUUCGACUUUCAUUUGUUUAACUUUUUCCUUCAACUUUUUCUCAACUCUUUUUUUUCAAUAAUUUAUAUUAUUAUUCAAUUUAA